AUGUCCACUCUUUUACUUCCAUCUUUUCGUCGCCAACAACUUGUUCUUGACUUUUCAGCCCUGAAGGACUGCUGUCCCGAGGGAGUUUAUCUUUCUCUCGUACCGGGCAAUCCCUCGCUUUGGACGGCUGUCCUCUUCGUUCGAGAUGGUCCCUAUGCGGGUGCUGUCCUCCGCUUCGAUAUAACAUUCCCAGAAUCCUACCCCGCGCAGCCUCCUCAGAUCGUCUUCUCCAGCGACAUCUUUCACCCUUUGGUGGUUCCGCAGACGACUUACACUUUCAGCGCAAGUGUAGCAGAUACGACCAGUACCAUUAGUGCGUCAGAUAACGAUAAAUUGAGACCUGGCGAGUUCUCGUUGCGAUAUGGAUUCCCACACUGGUUUCGACAACGAAACGUGAAGUUGGCGGCGGACGAAGGGGUUCAUGAUGAUGCAGUGAAACCGAAGCAAGAAACUUCGACCUCAGGCUCUGGAACUCAGAAUGUCGAUGGUCUGGUCGCGCAUUCUGGUGGCAACGAGGAAAUACGUGAUCGCAAGGGUCUUCUGUUGAAGCUGAUAUCCCAUAUAAAGAGUGCCUUCGAAGACGCGGACAUGCUGGAUAAUAUGCCACUCGAAGCCGCUGGGGAUCCUAGCGCAUGGCAUGCCUGGCGUGCUCAUCGAGGUCUUUCAAAGAAGGAAGUCCGCGCAAAGAGUCCGACUGUUGGGAACGGCGGCUCACCAUCUUCUCCAAAAAAUCCCGGUGAAUGGAAAUGGGAUGGUGUCUGGGAAUCCCGUGUGAACAACGGUAUCGAAGCCAGUAUCAAUGAGGUGACACUUUUUGGCAGCGCUACAGGAGCGCGGCCAGGUAAAGGUGGUUCUGUGGAUUUGACAACCUUGGAUAUGCGCCAAAGAGCAGCCGCCAAUGCUCACAGGCAAAUCCGUUUCUCCAAGCUUGAUGAUGAGCAUUACCGUGAAGUGAUGAGUUCAAUCUCGAAGGCCAACACAGCUCUUCCAGCAUGA